ACUAUCCCAGAGGUACACCACUCACCAAAUCUAAACGCCUCUUUCGAAGAAUCUACCCGAAGUAGUGUGGUAGAUAAUUAUAGUUUAGCAUUAGUGUGGAGAAUCGAAAUUUGUCACUUUAUAGG